AUGCACUCCACCAUCUUCACCUUUACCACCAUCCUCGGCCUCUCUGCCGCCGCUGCCAUCGUUCCCCGUCAGAACGGCGUUUGCGGUCCUCUCACUACACCCCUCUGCUGCCAGACCGACGUCGCCGGCGUCGCAAACCUGGCCUGCGCAAACGCUGGUAUCAUCACCACCCUCGAUGCCUUCCAGGCUCAGUGUGCUCUUACCGGCACCACCGCCCAGUGCUGCCUUAUUGCUCUUGGAUCCGACGGCUUGGUUUGCACUGAGGCCUAA